AUGAAGGCUGAUCUGAACGAAUACAUAACAACUGUCAAAUUGGCUAUCAAGGAUUUUAUCAAUGCACUUCACCACUAUGAUCUGAAUCGUAAUAUUCCUGGUCAUAAUGCGGAGCAUAUCACCUACACCAAUAAGCUGAAUCCUUCCAGGGACGUUGGGCUAAAAUUUGCUAAACAAUCUAUGGUGCGGCAUGUUCUUGAAGGCGGUUCGUGGCUGAAUAAAGAUGGUAUCCGGGAAAAAACGACAGAAGAUGUGAUGUCUUUUAUUCAAACUAACGAGUCAAUGUUUUACCUCAAUCUUUUGGGUGGCUCACGAGAAUUUAUCGACAAUACUGACCCAAAUUACAAAAAAAUAACAGAAGGCUGCUUGGCUGUAUUUAAACGUAUUCCCAAUAGUAAUGAUUUACUUAACUCAGGCCAUCCGAAAUCAUUUGCGAGUAUCGUUCAAUGGUCCAAUGUAUUGCUAGUAGAACUAAAUGAGCGAACUCUAGAAAGAGGCUACCUGCUAGCACAAGUUGACAACACCAAGAUGGUGAUAUCACAAGCUGAACUCGAGGUGGAGGGUGUAUUAAAUGCUUAUAAGCAAGUUGAUGAUACAUUUAGAUAUCAUCAAUAUUUUCAAAUUUGGUUCUUACUGGCCGAUCAAAAACAUCCAUAUUUUUAUUUGAGCCAAUCAACAACACAGAAAAAUGCCUAUUCUAAUUUUAGGCCCUUAAAAAUCUACGGUGGUGAAUGGAGAGAUGAUAUUCUGGCUGUGUGUUACGGAAUUUUACCUGCACCUGUUAGAAUGGCAAGCAUUGUACAACAAAUAUCACAAACUUGGUCUAUUGCGAUGAACCAAGGUUACGAAAAGACUGUUCUUUACAAAUUAAAAGAUUUCCCUGAGCCAGGUGAUUAA